GAGACAUUUCACGUUCUUUUUUUUUUUUUUUUUUACACUAAAUCCUCACUAUGUGGUGUGCACUUCACACUUGAACAUGUCUCAGUUCGGACUAGCCACAAUUCCAGAGCUCAGUUGCUAUGCAGGUCUGUGGCUACUGCAUUGGACAGCACAGAAUUGGAAAGUUAGAAUCGUUGGCUAGUGGAACCUUCAGAACUAUAGAAAAUUAGAAAAUUUAGACCUUGAAAUCCUAGAAGGUUAGAAUCACAAAAGUGUGAAAUUUUGGAGCCUUGGAAAGUUGGAAUCAUUGAAUUAGUGAAGAACCUUGGACCCUCAGGACUUGGUCAGAGAAGGUAGGUGUCUGGAGAGGGUGCGGGAUGCCAGCGUCAGGGGUUUGGGUACACCAGGAGCUGCGUGUAUGGGCGGGCCCAGGCAGGCUGCCUGUGGCUGAGAUGCCUGCCUGCCACCCGCUGCAGGGACGUGUCGUCGGUGGAGGUGCUCAUGAACUACCACCAGGGCCUGAAGACUGAGCUGGAGGCACGGGUGCCCGAGCUGACUGCCUGCCAGGAGCUGGGGCGCUCUCUGCUGCUCAGCAAGAGUGCCAUGGCUGACGAGAUUCAGGCACAGCUGGACAAGCUGGGAACCAGGAAGGAGGAGGUGUCGGACAAAUGGGACCGUCACUGGGAGUGGCUGCAGCAGAUGCUGGAGGUGCACCAGUUUGCCCAGGAGGCGGUGGUGGCUGAUGCCUGGCUGACAGCUCAAGAGCCACUGCUACAGAGCCGGGAGCUGGGCAGCAGCGUGGAUGAGGUGGAGCAGCUUAUCCGGAGACACGAGGCCUUCCGCAAAGCGGCUGCAGCCUGGGAAGAGAGGUUCAGCUCUCUGCGGCGUCUGACCACGAUUGAGAAACUCAAGGCGGAACAGAGCAAGCAGCCACCCACGCCGCUGCUGGGGCGCAAGUUCUUCGGGGACCCCACGGAACUGGCGGCCAAGGCGGCGCCCCUGCUGCGGCCAGGGGGCUAUGAGCGGGGCUUGGAGCCCCUGGCCCGCCGGGCCUCGGACACGCUGUCGGCCGAGGUGCGGACCCGGGUGGGGUAUGUGCGCCAGGAGCUCAAGCCCGAGCGCCUCCAGCCGCGCAUUGACCGGCUGCCGGAGGUCCCUGGGAGGGUGGAGCCCACUACCCUGCCGGCCGCACCAGAGGACGCAGCAGAGACCCCCGGGGCCCCCGCCGUGGCGGAGCAGGUCCGGCCGCGGCCAGAGCGCCAGGAGUCAGCUGAUCGCGCGGAGGAGCUGCCCCGGAGGCGGCGGCCCGAGCGGCAGGAGUCCGCCGAUCAAUCCGAGGAGGCUGCGCGGAGGCGGCGGCCCGAGCGGCAGGGGUCGGCGGAGCACGAGGCAGCACACAGCCUUACCUUGGGCCGCUACGAGCAGAUGGAGCGGAGGCGCGAACGGCGGGAGCGGCGGUUGGAGCGGCAGGAGUCCAGCGAACAGGAGAUGCCCACCAGAGACGUGGCCAAAGGGAAGGCCACCCUGGCUGACAUUGUGGAGCAGCUGCAGGAGAAAGAGGCCAGCCCAGGGCUCCCUGUUGGGCCGUCGCUGCCUCAGCCUCGGGAGCUUCCCCCUGGCCGCCUGCCCAACGGGCUUGAGCCGCCUGAGCGGACACCUCGGCCGGACCGGCCGCGGGCGCGGGACCGGCCCAAGCCGAGACGGCGGCCGCGGCCCCGAGAGGGUGGUGAGGGCGGGGGAAGCCGGCGCUCGCGCUCCGCCCCGGCCCAGGGCGGCUCGGCUCCCGCGCCUCCGCCACCGCCCACUCACACAGUGCAGCACGAGGGCUUCCUGCUGCGCAAGCGUGAGCUCGACGCUAACCGCAAGUCAUCCAACCGGUCGUGGGUGAGCCUGUACUGUGUGCUCAGUAAGGGAGAGCUGGGCUUCUACAAGGACUCCAAGGGUCCGGCAUCUGGGAGCACACACGGUGGGGAGCCACUUCUCAGCCUGCACAAGGCCACCAGUGAGGUGGCUAGUGACUACAAGAAAAAGAAGCAUGUCUUCAAGCUCCAGACCCAAGAUGGCAGCGAGUUUUUGCUCCAGGCUAAAGAUGAGGAGGAGAUGAAUGGCUGGCUGGAGGCUGUGACCACGUCAGUGGCGGAACAUGCUGAGAUCGCCCGCUGGGGCCAGACACUACCCACCACUUCGUCCACAGACGAGGGCAACCCCAAGAGGGAGGUCGGGGAGCGCAGGGCCAGCGGGCGCCGGAAGUGACUCCUCACCCCCAGGGCCUGACACGUCUCCCUGCCUCUCUUUUUCGCACUGUGGGCACAAAGACACUUUUUCUUCUGCGGGGCUGGGCCGGAGCCCCUAGUUCCAACACUGCGGACGCGCCAUGACGGGCACUGGAAAGGAGGGGACUUCUCCUGCACCCUAAGAAGUGGUGGGGAGAUUGCUGCCCCUAUAGCCAUAUCUCGGCCCCUUCCCGCUCUCCACCCCCCACCCCAGGUGCUGGGGCUCCAUUAUUUUUAUGCAAUAAUUGAGCUUGGUGGGGGCGGGCAGGGGGCCAGUUGAGCCAAGCUCCCUGCCCCAAACCACAGAUCCUGCCCCAAGAAGCUGGGGUGGUGGGGGCGAUAAUUCCUGCCCCCCUCUCCGCCCUAGGGAUGGGCACGGGGGCGCUGGUGAGGUCCCCUGGACCAUCCAGGGUGCUAGGGGGUAGGGAGGGGACACCCCCUCCCCGCCUUUACCUCACUUCCAAUGCUGCCUUGAUCUCUGUCUGGGAGGGAGGAGUGAAGGGGCCCUCGCCCCUGCACUCCGCCGCCUCAGAGCCAUGCGGUUAAUUCCUGACUUAGUUUAUUUUUGCAAAAUGUCGACCUCCUCCUCACCUGCCCCGCAUCUGCGAAGGCUUUUAAUGGGAGGGGCGUCAAAGCUCAAAGUCUUCCUCUCUCCUCCCCCCUCCAGCUGUAAAUGCCACUUCAUGAGGGGAGGGGUGAGGGGAAGCCCUCCCCCUGCAUGCUUCUGGCUGGAGCACCUCCCUGGGGCGUGGGGGGACCGAGUUGUGGGCAGCCCCCAUGGCCGCCUGGAGAAGCCGCUGGGGCCUGGGGGUGUGGGAUAGUGUGGCGGGCGCACACUGUAUGUACCUAUAAUAAACCUUUUGGCUUCGA